AUGUCGCAAAGCAGCCACGGCCUGCCCUUGCAACAUUUGCAGCCUCGGGAUGAGGGUCCGCAGCUCGAAACGGCAGUGGACAGGGAGACGACUCCUUUUGCGCAAGCGCAGUGCACUUUUCCCGCUGCCUGGCAUCCACAGCCUAUGCUGGCACCUGCACCAUACAUCGGAUUCGUCCCCACCGUGCCUGUAGCUGCGUUUGCGUUUAUGGGAUCUGGGUCCUGUUCCGCAGAGGCAAUAGCAGCUGACCACCAAGCAGAGCCUGCAAUGUCGGCAACUAUGCAGACAGGAUCUGCGACGCUGCAAAGAAAGGAGCGCCAGAAGCAGUCUGGGAGGAGGCGGAGCCAACUCCCAACCGUUCAAGACACACCAGCAGCUGUUGAGACCCAUGCAAAGCCGAAACUUCCGAAUCAGAAGAACCGAAACUUGCUGACUCGCGGCCCAGCCAGGGUCGAGUUCCGUGAAGGCGUGCCCCAAAAAAACUGCCCAGCCGUUCUGCUUGACUGGGCAAAGAGAGACCAAGAGCUGUACUGGAUUCGACACACUGCGGUGAAGAAGCAUGACUUCCACGACCCCGCUGACCAUGAAGUGCCGACCGACGGCAACGACACACUUGGCUACGUAGUCGUGAAGCACUUGAACAGGCAUCCCCAAGCCCAAGAGGAACCAUUAGUAUUCCAGAGUCGCAUUUGGCUAAGAGGCACUGGCCGGGCACUGGGUCUCCGGCGCUGGGUUUACGCUCAGAUCUAUUUGCAGGUUUUUGGUGUCAGCCUCUGGAGAGAGAACGGUGUGGAUUCGCGUCGGAACCAUCUGACCAUGCCGGACGUGCACGAAGGCACAGUGAUGGAACUUCACUUGUCGCUUUUCCUUGACACCGAGGCUGGUGAGAACCGCGAGGAGGCGACGGACGUUGACAUUGGCAAGCUCUUGAAGGAUCCAAGGGACUUGAAGGUGUUGAAGCAGGUCUUUACUGGUGCUUCCCUGCGGCUGCGAGGGAAGGAGCGGCAUUUCACGGGUCUCGCAGAGUUGGUUUCCCGACACCUGAUACAAGUUCAGAAUGCCGGCACGGAGACGGACUGGAAGAGGGCCGAAAUUACCGGCGACUUCCUGCCAGGCCAGAUUUUCGAGUGCCACCUGACGGAACAUCUGGUGGGACCGGGGCAGCCGGAGAUUUAUGGCAAGCUGGUCACCAUGCUGCCCCCAAAUGAUUGCAAUGGAACUCGCAGGCCCGGGCCGGGUAUGGUCUGCGUGGCUCCGCUGGGCAAAGAGAAGCGCCGCAUCUGUGAAGUGUCCAGGCGAGACUUGCAUCCCAUCAGCUACAGCGACGAUCUGCUGCGGCUGCUGCGCGGCAAGUACCGGUACAAGGUCCUCGUAAAGACCGACGAGACAUGGGACUCUGCGAUGCCCUGCCGGCUUUGCUUUCGCAGUUUCGUGGACAAGGACAUCAACACCGGCAAGGUUAUGUGUGAGAAGGCUGAUGGAGGAACUCUACAAGUAGAUCCGAAGGAUCUCCGACUGGCCGCGGAUCUGAGUUCCGUAGGAGAAGCGCGGCCGCAGGAGGACCAGGAUGCGUACACGGUGGCUCCAACCUCGCUGGUCUCUGGCCCUGUGCGUGCUCCAGCUGCAGGCUAG